AUUUCAUCACGUGAAGAAUAGAGCGGGAAUGUUGAUUGUUGUUGUUUGUUAUAUUGUUAAUUUUGUUUAAGAUGAAUAAUGCUGCCAAAUCUUUGAUGGAAGCGCAAAACAAUUAUGAACAAUGGUUCAACUGCAGUGUUUGUCUCUGUCCAAAGACGAGAAUGGUGUUUGGGUUGUGUCAACACAAGGUUUGCGAGGAUUGUCUUUAUGAUGAGGAAAAUUGCAUCAGACCAGCCUUGAAAUUCUGUCCUAUUUGUCAAUAUACAACAUUUCCUCUACAACGACCUUAUUUACCACAAGACAAUGUUGAAAUGAUGAGGUGUCUUGGUGUAAUAAAAUGUCCCAAUCCAGGAUGUGGUGUCGAAUUGUGGAACUGGGAACUCGAAAGUCAUUUGAAGAACUGUGAAAACAAAGAUAAAGUGAAACAAACGGUGUGUACUCCAACUUAUAAGAACAGUUCAAGUAAAAAAGUGAAACAAAAGAGACUAGCCUCCUGGCACAGAACCAGAAGACUUCGCUCAGACAGACUCGUCUGAAUUGUGAUGUGAAUAGCUCUACCAUGUGACACUGUGAUAUUCUAGUCUUGUUAACUCUACGUAUGUCAGAACUGAAUUUGUUUCAGGAUAAUAAUUUCUGAGUGUUUAAAGAUAAAAACAAAAAAGUGAGAUACCGGUAUUACGUUUCCGAAGGUGACAGCGUCAACGUUUGUGUUUUAACUAAGAGUCUCGUAUCAAUGAAACUUGGUUUAUAGUUACCCUAUGAAUGUUUAUCUCAAAGCAUGUUAAAAAAAGUGUUUUAUAUAUUUUUUUUUUAACUUGGAUAUAAUUUUUAUACACACAUCUUUGAUGGGUCAUGUGUUGUCAGUUCGUAAACAUUUUGUUUCCGGGGUAUAUCUUUCUAAUCAAUUCAUAUAGGAUCAUCAAACCUUGUACAGAUUGGGAUGGCAAUGUGUCACAUACAGUACCACAACUAGGUCACCAUGACCUACUUUUCACACAUUACUGCACAUUAAAUAAAAUCCUUGUCUAGGGCAUUUCUUCCUUAUCAAUUCAUAUAGGAUCAUCAAAACAUGCAUGCAAGUCCAACUUGGGCUGGCUGUUUGUUGCAUACCAUAACUAGGUCAGCGUGACCGUACUCUUGUUUUUAGUCCUUUUUUUCCUUUAACAUGCAUUAAGAUUAACAUCAAUUUAUGGUAGGCGAGGCAUUUAAUUCUGCGUAAUUCUUAUUUAUUAUUUAACCAUUUACCCGUCAGCUACAAUCAUUAAUCUGAUUGGGUUUAAGCUGAAACCAAUUAUUAGCAAUUUGGCAAAUUUGAUCGGAAAACCAAUUAAAAUGUCUAAUGGCAUUUUUUCAUCUGGAAGUGUAGACUGGUCCGAACAUCCCAACAGCCAAAGGGAUGGCUUACAAUCUUCCAGUGAGUCCUCUGCUACCUGUUCUGAUCAUGCAAUCCACGUUUUCUACAGUUUAAACUUUUAAUUAGCCUAACAGUUUGAAUGGCUGUUGAUAUAUGAAGGGUACAUGAUUUUCAAUUAGCUUUUUGGCAAAUUAAUAAUGAAAUGAAUUUUAAAAUUUCAACUUGAAUUCUUAUUUGGCGAUUUGGAGAACAUCAGUUUUAAACUGUAAUCUUGGUUAUAUAAAAAUUUGUUAUUUACCAUUUCAUUGCUCAUGAUGUGAACUGCUUUUGGAUUAUUAAGUGGUACCAUGGAUUUUAAAAUAGAAGAGAAAAAGGCAGACUUAUAUGUUGUAUCAAUAUAUUAGUCACUUUUGUUGAUUAAAAAAAAGUGCACACGUUUAUUAUAACUUAUAACAUUAAACAUGUAAGAUGGAGAGGUCAAUUUUCGGUUUAAUGUCAUAACACCGUAAGAUUGGGGCUUUUCUUGUUGAAUCUUUGAAAAAAUAGUUUUGGAAAAGUAAUCUAACCUUAUUGCACCUCGGUUGAUAAUAAUGUUUACACACAUCGUAAAAUAUGUUUUAAAAUUCAGUGGCCCCUGAAAUGGCGACAGCGAGUUUCCUCUCUCAAUAUCUGUGUGGCCCUUAACCAUAUGCCCUACUCCAUAUAACCGUAAAUAAAGUGUGUUGAGUGCGUCGUUAAAUAAACCAUUUCCUUCCUUCCUUUGUUUUACAAUUCAAUUUUUUUUAAAUAUUGUAAAGUUGUGUGUUUUGACUCAACAUUAAGGUUAUCGCGUUAAUAUCCAUUUCUCACAAACUACAAGUCCAACAUCAAUGACACUUGGCUUAUAGUUACAUCUAUGUACGUUCAUCUCAUCUCACUGCAUUUUUUUUUUUUUUUAUUAAAAUAUAUCACAUUAAAAUUUUAAUUAAUUUUUAUUAAUUUAAAGUUGUUUUUUUUUUUUUUUUUAAAGUGUAUCUCUGACAUGCAAAAAACCCAACUUUUAUGGAUACAACUAUCAGUGACACCGAAUACGUUUUGGGUCGAAUUCUGCAGCAUUCUUGUUUGAAAAAUAAAUAUUACAUGUUUUUGGUUUAAUUGUAAGCAAUAAAUAUAAUUAUGUAGGCCAUUUAUAUUUAAAAAUAGCUAUUGCAAUGUUGUAUAUUGUAAAUUAUAUAUAUAUAUAUAUAUGUAUAUGUAUGUAUGCAGUGCUUAUGUUGGCCAAAAAAUUUAUUUGAGCAAUUUAACACUUUAAAAAAAAUUAAUAAUAAGUGUAAUAAAUCUAUUUUACUUAACCAUGCAAAAUAUAACCAAAUGAUAGCUCAUACAAUUUCCAGUUCUUUGGCCGAUAUAUUGAGAAAUACAUUUGCCAAAUGGAAAUUUCAGAUCAUGUGGCAACUUACAGUACUUUACAACAAGCUUUCAAACAUUUGUUAAACAUUGUCAAAUUACAGGCAGUCUGCAUUAUAAUUAAUCAACCACACCUAAAAAUAAAAUGUCCAAUUACACCACAGAGCUCAACUUUAACCCAUUUCCCCCCCAUCACAAUAUUUACUUUUUACUCCAUUUAUCUGUCUAGAAUAGUUAACAUUUAAGUGCUGUCAACAUCUUUUUUAUUAUUUAGUCUCUUGAGAAAAAUGGAGGGAGGCAAAAUGCAAUGACGGAGUUGCAUACAAUCCUUAAUUAGAACAGCAGGAACACUGGGUUUGCAAAAUAUUGGUACAGCAAAAUACUCGAUAGAUGUACUUAAAACUAGUUAAAACAAAUAUGAGCUAAUUUAUUUGUAUUGGUGGACUCCUUCGGCUAUUUCUUAUUCCAGCCAAUGAUUAGUGUAACAAACACAACGGUAUGUGCUAUCCUGUCUGGGAUACUGCAUAUAAAAGAUCCCUUGCUGCUAAUUUGAAAGAGUAUUGUGUGGUAGCAGUGGGUUUCCUCUCGCAUCUGUGUGGUGCUUAACCAGUUCUGAUACCAUAAAACUAGUUAAAAUGUGUGGAGGAUAAAACAUUCCUUCCUUCAUUUUAUCUAAUUUAUUUGAAAAUCUUUGCUUUCAAAAGUUGGGUGCAAAUAUUCUUAAUUCAGCUUGAUACGGUAAUAACUUGGUUUACACCAUCCUGAAUAGUAAACUGACAUGCAUUAAACAUGUUCUGUCAAAAUUAUAUGGCUUUUACAUGGGUAUAAAUGUAAUGUAUUAUUACUGCAAAGUAGUUAUACCAUAAGUUUUUAUAAUAUAUUUUGUAUACAUGUUUAUGUAUGUAGUCUUCACCAUGAACUAAAUCGAGAGUACUAGACGAGCAGUCACAUGACGUCUCAAAUAAAAUGUUUUAAUAUGUGUAGUGCACAAGGCAGUCAGUUUGUCACACUGAUGAAAACUUUUCAUACGAGUGUGGAGGGGGGCACAAAAGAUCACUCACCGUGCUUGGUGAAGACUGUUUGUACUUGGUUUAUCCUUAUGAAGCGAGUAUGUUAUGGAUCUUUGUGUAACAUUGUUCAUCAGUUUUAAGUUGAAUUCAAAUUGUUUUUGAUACUUACAUUGAACCUGGUUGGGUGUUUUUUUUUCUACAUACAAAGUGUGCCUUAUUUUAUUUCAAGUGUUUACAUCGGUCUUGUACACCAUUGUCAAAAGUGGGCAUGAUAUAGUGGUAGAGUGCAUGCUUCAGGUGCUGUCGGUUGCAGGGUCAAUUGUCAUUGACGGGCUUUCGGUUUUUCCUGUCCCAACUGGUUGAACAAAGAUUGUGGUAUGCACUCCUGUCUGUGGAACAGUGCAUAUAAGGGAUCUUUUGUUGCAUUAUCAGUAGUAGCAGCAGGUUUUCUCUCUAUGUUGACAAAGUGUCGAAGGCAUCAAAUAGCCGUAGUUACAAAAUGUGUAGAGGUGUCAUUGAAUCAAUAUUCCUUUCUCCGUUACAAAUACUGUGAUACAUGUAGUCAGUUGUGCUCCAUUUGUUCAACUCCGUCAAAGAUUUUGGGCUGGAGAAUUUAUUAUUUAUUUUUGUCUUACUGUUAAUUAUUGUUGUGCACCACAGAUGUAAAUAACACCCAAUGUAUGUUAAACCAUUUUUUAUUUUGGUUUGAUAAAGUAUUCUAUUAAAACAA